AUGCUCGCGGCCGCGGCGCUGUGCGCGGCCGCGCUGGGCUGCGCGGCGGGGGCGCGGCUGCUCAGCGGACAGACAGUUUGCCGCCGUGGGACGCAGAAACCCUGCUACAAAAUCGUGUAUUUCCACGAUGCCUCCCGCAGAACCAGCUACGAGGAGGCUCAGCUGGCCUGCCAGGCUGACGGGGGACACCUGGUGAGCAUCGAGAGUGCAGCAGAGCAGAGACUCAUCGAAACCUUCAUCAGGAGCCUCCUGGCUUCCGAUGGGGAUUUCUGGAUAGGGCUCCGCAGGAAAAAGGAGGAGGAGGAGGAGAACAAUAGUACAGAGUGCCAGAACUUCUACUCCUGGUCGGAUGGCAGCUCAGCCAAGUUCAGGAACUGGUACGUGGAUGAGCCAUCCUGUGGGAGUGAGAUCUGCGUUGUGAUGUACCACCAGCCAUCUGCCCCGCCAGGUGUCGGGGGGCCUUACAUGUUUCAGUGGAACGACGACAGAUGCAACAUGAAAAAUAACUUCAUUUGCAAAUAUUCCCUCGAGAAGCCAACAAAUGCUCCAAUAGGGAAUCCUCAGAGAGAUGUUGCCACAGAGCCCUCGAGCCCAGUGCUGCCAGGAGAACCCCGGAGGAGGGGUGUUAAUGUGACAGCUGUGGGAGCCAGAGAACCUGUUCAGAGUCUUGCCUACAUCCUUAUUCCCAGCAUUCCUGUGCUGCUGCUCCUGGUGGUCAUUACAGGCAUCUCCUGUUUUUGGCUUUUUGUGAAGAGGAGGGAGGAGCGGAUGGACACGAGCCCCAAGGAGGAGGAUGCCUGGCUGUCCAACAGCCCCAGCCUGGACAUCUACAAAGUCAUCAACAAGCAAUCAGAGGCAGAUCUGGCUGGGACCAGGCCUGGCACCAAGAAUUCCUCCUUCCGGGCCCGGGAGCACUCGGAGCUGGGCAGGGACGGGCAGGAGGCAGCUCCCAAACCCCCCAGCAGCAGCUUUGGGACCGAGAGUGGCUUUGUCACCAACGACAUCUACGAGCUCUGUGGGGACCGUGUGGGCAGGAGCCAGGAGUCCACCUGGGUGGACAAUGAGAUUUAUGGAUAUUGAGCAAACAGACAGAAAAAAAACCCCACCCUGGAACUCAGAUGACAAAGUGGAUGCUGAUACGAGUUUACCUGCCCUGUCUAUGCACUUGUUUUAAUAACAGUUAUAUGUGGUGUUUAUCCUGGUUUUGCAUUGUCCCCAUAUUCUUCUCUUUUUUUUUUUUUUUUGAAAGAAUGUGGGUUUUUAAUGAUCCAGACUGAAAAGAAUGUAUAUAUUUUCCUUUCCAUCAAGCCCCCUUUGCCCUGGGAACGGCUUGUUAAUAAUCUUGAUUCACUUUUUUGUACCAAAGACAUGCCUUGAAAAACUAGAGGACAAUCCAAAAUCCUUAUUUAUUUAACUGACCCAGUUGUCUUAAAGGUGCUAAAAGUUGCCUGUAAGGUGUGAUGGAGCCCUGCUUUCCUGGACAUGGCCAGUGGGGAGUGGGGAAUGAAUUCCUUGGUGUGCUUUGCUUGUGUGUGCAACUUUUACUUUACCUAUUAAACUGCCUUUGUCUCAAACCACGAAUUUUCUCACUUUUCCACUUCUUUCCCUCAUCCUCCUGGGAGGGAGGGAGUGAGGGGAGACCAAGAACAUAAAACAUGUCAAGCAGGAACACAAAUAGGACACACCUUUUGCCCUGCAGGUGUUUCUGGCUCCAGGAGAGAGCAACGUUUUGCUUCUGAACAAAUCUCUGAAGCACCUAAAAUGAAUUUUUAGCUCUUGACAGGGUUCCCUUAAAAGCUUGCUCUCCUCCCUUGCAUGGAAAUAAAUAUACAGGAAAAGGAAGAAAAAACAAUUUUCACAAGCCACCAGGAAACAAAGGUUUGGCAAAAGGUGUUUUAUGUGUGUCUGAAACAACAACAGAACUGAGUGCAGGGGUAGCCACGAACCUGUUCUGCCAAAGUAAACGGGCAGGAAGAGGAUUUUACUGCAAACACUGAAAUAUUUCAGUGCACAAGGGCUCUGUGCUGCACAUCUGCAGUGUCACAGUGUCUGCCAAGCCCCUGCUGUUCCUCCGCCAGAACGUGGUGCAAGAUGAAGCCCUGAAAGAAGUAAUUCCUUUAAAAAAAAAAAAUUAAUCUUCGAAGUCUUUUGAAAAUGGCAUUGAGUUAGCAACAAUUUCUCCUGAAAAGCAAAAUCCUUAUAUAGGAGAAUAGGCAGUGCUGGGCACUUGGAAUGUCUGGAGUUUCCAAUGCAGUAAUUAGUGCUCUUUCAUCAAGGAAAAAAAUCUCUCUGUUUUGACUCUUACUCUCUGUUUUGACUCUUAUAUUCUUGGUCUCUUCCCUCG